AUGGAGCUGGACCGCAUGACCACCGGCGGCCUCCACGCCUACCCCGGGCCGCGGGGCGGGCCGGCGGCCAAGCCCAACGUGAUCCUGCAGAUCGGUAAGUGCCGGGCCGAGAUGCUGGAGCACGUGCGCAGGACCCACCGGCACCUGCUGGCCGAGGUGUCCAAGCAGGUGGAGCGCGAGCUGAAGGGGCUGCACAGGUCUGUGGGCAAGCUGGAGAGCAACCUGGACGGCUACGUGCCCACCAGCGACUCGCAGCGCUGGAAGAAGUCCAUCAAAGCUUGCCUGUGCCGCUGCCAGGAGACCAUCGCCAACCUGGAGCGCUGGGUGAAGCGCGAGAUGCACGUGUGGCGGGAGGUCUUCUACCGCCUGGAGCGGUGGGCCGACCGCCUGGAGUCCAUGGGCGGCAAGUACCCCGUGGGCAGCGAGCCCGUCCGCCACACGGUCUCCGUGGGCGUGGGGGGUCCCGAGGGCUACUGUCAGGAAGCUGACGGCUAUGACUACACCGUCAGCCCCUAUGCCAUCACCCCGCCCCCUGCCACCGGCGAGCUGCCCGGGCAGGAGCCUGCCGAGGCCCAGCCGUACCAGCCGUGGGGGCCAGGCGAGGACGGGCAGCCCAGCCCGGGCGUGGACACGCAGAUCUUUGAGGACCCCCGGGAGUUCCUAAGCCACCUGGAGGAGUACUUGCGGCAGGUGGGCGGUUCUGAGGAGUAUUGGUUGUCUCAGAUCCAGAACCACAUGAACGGGCCAGCCAAGAAGUGGUGGGAGUUCAAGCAGGGCUCAGUGAAGAACUGGGUGGAGUUCAAGAAAGAGUUCCUGCAGUACAGCGAGGGCACACUGUCCCGGGAGGCCAUCCAGCGCGAGCUGGACCUGCCGCAGAAGCAGGGCGAGCCCCUGGACCAGUUCCUGUGGCGCAAGCGCGACCUGUACCAGACCCUGUACGUGGACGCAGAUGAGGAGGAGAUCAUCCAGUAUGUGGUGGGCACGCUGCAGCCCAAGCUCAAGCGCUUCCUGAGGCAUCCGCUGCCCAAGACGCUGGAGCAGCUCAUCCAGAGGGGCAUGGAGGUGCAGGACGGCCUGGAGCAGGCCUCCGAGCCGGCUGGCCCCCCUCUGCCUGCCGAGGAUGAGGCCGAGACCAUCACUCCAGCCCUCACCAGCGAGUCCAUGGCGAGUGACCGGACACAGACAGAAUAGAGCCCAGCCCAGG